GUUCGUUGCAAGAAAUUUAUAUUUCAAAAAUGUAAACAAAGAUUUUCUUUUCAAAAAAUAUCGCACAAAAACAUCUUGUUUUUAUGGCUGGUUUAAAAUGAAUGAUCCUGGGGGACAAGUAGAGUGUUCUAGUCAAGCUUGUAGUUCAAAUCACGAAGAAUAUUGCGAACAUUGUCAUAAAGUUACCAGCUAUUUGAACCAACUUCGAAAAACAGGCAAAUUUUGCGAUGUAGUCUUGUUGGUUGGGGAGGAGACGUUUCCUGCUCAUAAAGCAUUGCUUUGCUCGGCCGGUGGCUAUUUUUCAGCCAUGUUUGAACAUGAUUUACGUGAAAAAAACGCGCGAGAAAUCGAGUUACCAACGGUAUGCCCCAGUAUAAUGGACGGUGUCUUAGACUACAUCUACACUGGGGAAAUUAAUCUUGGUGAUCUCACCCAAAGUCAGAAUGUUUUAAUCGCUGCAGAUUAUUUAAACCUCGCCAGACUACGUGAAGCUUCAAUGGUGCACAUGAAGUCGUUUUUAACCACAUCAAAUUUCCUUCAUACCCUAACCUUUGCCGAGCAGUAUAACUUUGAAGAGCUGAGUGAGAUAGUUUGUUGCUUUGCUCAAAGUAAUUUCACUGCUAUUGUACAGGAGAGGAAACAUCUCGAGUUCACGGUUGAUCAGCUGGUUAAAGUCUUGAAAAGUGACGACUUGGUGGUGGAGAAAGAGGAGUAUGUUUUUGACGCGAUUGUACAAUGGAUCAUGCACCACCCUGGAAAAGAGGGUAACAUCUCAACUCUGUUCCCUCACGUACGCUUGUGCGAAAUUCCCGAAUCAACCAUUGUUGAUAAAAUCCUGAGAGAAAAUUUGAUACUAUCGAAUGAGAAUUCUCUAAAUGUGGCUCUUGCUCAUCUUAAAGAGGUGAUGUACUUGAAAGGGUUUUGCGACGAUCAGGUUGCGGCUAACAGAAAACCGAGACAAGUCGUCGAAGCUGUCAUUUUGUUGUCAGGCAGUAACCAGCCGUUAUGUUAUAUCCAGAGCAUGCAAGGAUGGUAUCUUAUGCCCUCAAUGCAGUGGGAACAUAAGAACACACCAAUUACGUUAUGCAAUGGUAAGCUUUAUGUAACAUCCGGUAGGUCAGGUAUUGGUCUAAUUGCCCAAACCGAGUACUAUAACCCGCAAACCAACACAUGGUCGUCAACAGGUUCACUCCCGGCGUCUAACUACUGGCCAGGGUUGGUAUCCUUGCAUGGUUUCCUGUAUCUCGUUGGUGGCCGCACCCCAACGAGCCGUCUCAAAACAGUCUGGCGUUAUGACCCAAGAAUCAACCAAUGGGAUAUGGUCUCCUCGUUAAGAGAAGAACGAAGCGGCCCAGCUGUUGUUACCUGCAUGAAUCAUAUUUAUGCCAUUGGUGGAAGGAAGAAUCCUAACGAAGACCUCAGCACUUGUGAGCGAUACAGCCCCCAGACUAAUGAGUGGAAACAAGUUGCCUCGAUGAAGACCGGCAGAUCGUUAGCAGCCGCAGCAACUAUUGGUCAUCGGAUAUUCGUUAUUGGUGGCAGCGAGGAUAGUGGGAUGUACCAGCUUGCAAUACCCACUAACGAGGUCUACGAUUGUUUGCUUGACGAGUGGUCCCUCAUUGCUCGUUGUCAUGCAGAUCGUGUUGCACCUGGAAUCUGCUCGUUAGCCAACAAUAUUUAUAUCUUCGGUGGUCGUAAUCAGCAGCAAUCGUUAACGACGGUCGAGGUUUAUGACAGCACAACGGACAAGUGGCAAGUUACGAGUAAUUGUGACAAACUACUCAACACGUUCAGCAUCAGUUGUUGCGUUUUCUAUCUUCCCAAGAAGCAUUUGCAGACAUUCACAAGGUUAACAAACAAUGCUGGACAGAACCUUGAUUGUUGAAUUGACUAAUGUGCGUUUGAUUGCAUUAAUAGAGAGGUUCACAUUUGACUUCCACUACCAUUAAGAGACUAUUAACCAAUCAGAUGUGUUUGAUAUAUCAGAUUAACCAAUCAGAUGCAUUUGAUAUAUCCGAUUAAUUAACCAAUCAGAUGCGUUUGAUAUAUCAGAUUAACCAAUCAGAUGCAUUUGAUAUAUCUGAUUAACCAAUCAGAUGUGUUUGAUAUAUCAUAUUAACCAAUCAUAUGUGUUCGAUAUAUCCGAUUAACCAAUCAGAUGUGUUUGAUAUAUCAGAUUAACCAAUCAGAUGUGUUUGAUAUAUCUGAUCAACCAAUCAGAUGCGUGCUAAGCCAGUGAGAGGUAGCGGUAGUCAAAUCUGAACCUCUCAAUAAUGUGGACAGAGUUAUAUAAGGACAGAAUUUGAUUACCAAAUUAAUAAUAUGUGUGAGUGAUUGAAAUAAUACUGUAUAUAAUACGUGUGUUAUAUAUCUGAUUGAGUGAAUUUUAUUAUUCAACAAUUUCCAGUUUAUUUAGAAUGAAUAUAUAAUGAUGACCCUAAUUAUGGGUUUUGAAAUUUUUCAAAUCAUGUAAGACUACAUAACGAACAAAGAAAUUACAUUAUAUAUGAGAUGAUUUUAGACGAUCUAUGUGAGUAUGUGUCAGGCAUUGGCAACGUUGAUAGUCAAUAUAGUUUGUAACAUAAUAAAAUUUCAGAAUAUCUUCUUGUACAAGAGUAUCAUUGCUUGGGUCAUCUGUGGUAUUCCCCCA